AUGGAUAUCCGCCUCCUCCGAUCGUCGGACAUUCCGCUGAUCCAGCACGCCAACCUCGAGAACCUGCCCGAGAACUACUUCCUCAAGUACUACCUGUACCACGCGCUCUCGUGGCCGCAGCUGUCGUACGUCGCCGUCGACGUGUCGCGCCCGCCCAAGACCCCCUACGACUACCCCAAGAUCGUCGGCUAUGUGCUCGCCAAGAUGGAGGAGGAGCCCGCCGACGGCGUCCAGCACGGCCACAUCACCUUCGCUCUCCAACAAGCCAUGGUGGAGACCUUCGGCGGGCACUACGUGUCGCUGCACGUGCGCGUGUCCAACAAGGCGGCCAUCCACCUGUACCGCGACACGCUGGGCUUCAAGACGGAAAAGACGGAGAGCAAGUACUACGCCGACGGCGAGGACGCCUUCUGCAUGAAGCUGGAGCUGGACUUUAUCCGCGAGCAGCUGCGCGAGGAGCAGCAGCAGCUGGAGGAGGCGGGCGAGGGUGCGGGUGCGGACAAGAAGAAGAAGAAGAACAAGGCUGGUAAGGACUGGGGAGGAGGUCGCUGA